UUUCCUUUUGUGAAGGAAUACGUGACGGAGUGUGUAUUUCCAAAGGUGGUCGGUUUCCACCAUUUUCAACUGAAGGGAAACCUCCGAAAAAGGAGACUGGCUUCAACUGGGGAGGCUAGCCAAGAAUGCUUGCAAUUAUGGGAAUUAUUCGAAUGUUCCAUCUGUGACCCCCAGAUUGGUGUUCAGCCUGGACUUCCUCUUAUAUGCACUUCUUUUUGUGACAGAGUCUAUCAAGCUUGUGCUAAUGCUUACUUCUCAAUGGAUGCAAAAACAGAGGUUCUAGCACCAUGUGGAGUGAAUGACUUUGUUUGUGGUAAAGCUGCUGAAUGGGUCUCCAAUGGUACAGAGCUUUGCCUCUCUGCUGGUUUCACCGUUAAAUCGCCUGAAGAUGCGGACAUUGGUACAGAAGAGGCAUCUUGCUAUGGUGGUAGAGCUAGUCUUGAUUCUAUUGCCGAGUCAUGGAGGACUUCUCAUUCUGAGUUGCCCCAGAAAGAUGGGAACUUAUGGAUUUUAAAAGAUUUUCAGCAGUGGGUGCAGGAAAUGCCUUUUAGUGAAAAAGUUUCUUGGGCAGUAGGAGGGAUGGUUCUCACUGCGGGUUUGUUGUUUUUGAGCAAAAGAAAAAGUUAUAGCCAGCGCCAGAGGCUAGCAGCUAUUCAACGAACAGCAAAGAUGCUGGAAGGCAAGAUGGACAAGAAAUAUCCUGAUAGUCAAGGGAAUAGGAAAGGAAAUCGAAGAUGAAUGCCUCGUUGAAUAUAAGCUUGACAAUGUUUUGACUUAUAGGUGAAUUGUAAAACUAUUGUCGUGAUGGGAAUCAAUUUGUUACUUUUCCUUUUUAUUCCAUAUUGAAGAAACCAAUUUUUUUAUGUUAUUAUUUUUUUGAGUAGGGGGAUUAGGGGAGUGAAAACUCUGAAUUUGGCUUUGACAGGUGAGUAAUAUGUCUUCAGCCACUGUACUAAACUAGGCUAGGCGAAGAAAGCAGAUUUAAUUAGUUUGAGAAUUGUUUAUUCAAGUAAUGGGAGUCCUCAUCUGUUCUUCAAUUGAAUUUAGUCAGGAAUUGCUAUGAAUCCACAUAUAAUUAUCUUCAUUUUUCUUCUGUGUUGUAGUUCCUAAUACUUACACAUACUACAUGUUUUACAGCUCUGAUUUCAAAUGAGCAGCUGUAAUUCUAGUAUCUACCGAGGCCUUCAUGGCUACACAACAUGUAAUGACCAUCAAGCGCUGCUUGUGAACAUUGGAAAGAGAAACAAAGGGUGAUGUGCGUGUGCCAUUGUACGAGAACGACUAUGCUAAACAUGUGGGAGUUUUGUAUCAAAGAAUUUUCUUGAUGUGAGAUAAAGGAGUUCUUUUCCUACCUUUUUGAAGAAUUUUCUUAGUUGAGCUUAGGAUUUCUGAUGAUUAAUUUUAGUAAUUGCGUUACUUUUUCCAAUACUACUAUCAAUAUUUAUGUUUGGGUUGACAUUGAAGUGCGAUCUGUGUUGCAAUCCUUCAAUGGUACACUAAAGCUUGGUUUCGUAUGUAAA